CAAAAACAUCGUGCAGCGCAACAAGAGAGCGUCACUACUAGCAUUGUGGCCAACCGUAGUCAAGAAUCUCAAAUUAUUUCGUUUCGCGAAAGGAGUUAAUGUCGCGGAAGUGUCUUUAAUAAAUUUUUAAUUGGACGGAUAGCAAGAGAAAAUGGGAAAAUCAAAAACAGGAAAAGUAGCCGUUGCCUGCACGGCCGUGGCUUUCAUUUUAGUUGUGAUUGCAUUCACCACACCCAAUUGGCUGGAGACUGAUGGCAAAUUGGAAAACCCCAGGUUCAUUAAGAUAGGAUUAUGGCAAGUUUGUUUCCAAAGAUUCCAAGAUCCACGGCAUUUGUACGAUACAAGAUUUUCCAGCUGUUGGUGGGUCUUUGAAGAAGAAUACUACAUAAUUCACGAUAUUCUGUUACCAGAUUUCUUUGUAGCGACUCAAUUCUUCUUUACUUUGUGUAUGACGUUACUCCUAGUAGGAGGUUUCUUAACUAUUCUUUAUACUUGCUGCUCUCGGCAGCACAAUAAGUACCAGUUACUCUUGUGGGCAACUGGAGCGAAUUUAACUCUGGCUGGUAUUUGUGGUAUUAUCUCGGUUAUUAUUUUUGGAGCGAAAGGAGAUGGCCGGGACUGGAUGCCCAAUUGGGAGCACAAUAACAUCGGGUGGUCUUAUGCUUUGGCAGUAAUCGGCAGUUUUACACUCGUGGCUGCAGGAAUUUUAUUCUUAACUGAAGGAAAGAGGUUCAAAAAGAAGCAAGAAAGGAUUCUGGGGGAAGAACAUAAAACGCACAUUAAUAUAUAAUUCACCGAUUGAUUGCAGUAUCUGCUUUUUAUAUAGCAAUUAGUGCCUUGAAGAAAUGCAUUGACAAGGUGAUCUAUGUCGAUUAAGGUAAUCUCCGGAAAACUAUGUACAUAAUAUGUCAGAAGCACAAUUGAAUAUUUAUACAUAGAUUCAAUUAUUCUUAUAUAGCUUCAUUGAUUUGAUAUGUAUCAGGUAAUUGUAUACGUUUGGUCACUUCUUAUUGCAAGUAUGAAAUACUUUUGAUAUCUCUUUUUAUUAGUAUCAACGGCAAGCAUGCUGUUCUAACUUCAUACUUUUCUUGCAAAUUUUGUUUGCAAUAUCUGUCCAUGAGACAUUCAUAAGUUUGAUGUAUAUGUUAACAGAAAAGUUUGAUUAUAAAAAAAAUGAUAUUCAUAUUUAAAUUUUGGUUAUAUUGCAUUUAAGUCAGAGAAGGGACCAUAGCACUUGUAUUCCGUCCAUUAAUAUUAAGAAUAAUUUAAGUAAAAGUACAUAUAAUAUUUACGCAUGUGUUGCACAAAACAAGAUACAAAGUGUCUUCUUUUCAUAUGUACCUUUUAAAAAAAAAAGAAAGGUACAAUGCGUAGGAAGGUUUCUGUCAUUCAUUGUACCUUUUUAUAAAAUGAAAUAAUAAGAUGGUUUAUAAUCAUGUCAAUUUUCCUUGUCUUGUAAUUUUUAAAGUUAUAAAAAACACAACGUACGUAUUUAGGUGGGAGAGCGACAAAUUUUCUAAGAUUUCUUCAGCCUUGGAUUAAGUUGUAAAAUUUGAAUUCGGUGACGUACGCGUAAAAGCAUUUAGUUUGCUAAAUACGUGCGAAUGACGACUUGCUUUUAUCGAUGAAGUCAAUUUCCGUUAUUGAGGUAGAUUCAUAAGAUACAUAAUUAACUGGAACGCGUUAUAAAAUACGUAAAAAAGACCUUGACCGAAAGCAUAAAUCAUGGUUAUCACACUUCCGAUAUCAUUUCACUCUGGGUAUCGUUACGUUCUUCGUUCCAUUUAAAUGCGUAUCCGUGAAGGUGAAAUGGGAGUGUCAAGCUUAAUGAAUGGCAUUGGAUGGCAUUGUACAAAAUUGUAUAACGACGAAAUGGAAUAAAUGAGGAAAUUUAAUUAACUAA